AUGAGUCAAAAUGCUACCCAAUUUCCUCCGUUAAAGAAUGACUUACUUUUAAGGACAUUAAGAGGAGAACAAGUUGAAAGACCACCGUGCUGGAUUAUGAGGCAAGCGGGUAGAUAUUUACCCGAAUAUCAUGAAGUCAAAGGUAAGAGAGAUUUUUUCGAGACCUGUAGAAAUGCGGAAAUUGCAUCUGAAAUUACAAUUCAACCAAUUAGACAUUUUAAAGGUUUGAUCGAUGCGGCUAUUAUAUUCAGUGAUAUCCUUGUUAUACCACAAGCUAUGGGUAUGAAAGUGGAAAUGAUUGAGGGGAAAGGACCUAGUUUCCCACGACCAUUGAGAACUGUAGAUGAGGUACAAAAAGUCCUAGAUUAUCAAGUCGACGUUCUCAAGGAAUUAGAUUGGGCUUUUAAGUCAAUCAGUUUAACUAGAACUAAAUUGGAUGGAGAGGUUCCUUUAUUCGGGUUCUGUGGUGGCCCCUGGACAUUGUUGGUUUAUAUGUCUGAAGGAGGUGGUUCUCAUCUAUUCAGAUUUGCUAAACAAUGGAUCAACGAGCAUCCAGAUUUAUCAAAGAAACUGUUACAAAAGAUUACAGAUGUUGCAGUAGAAUUCUUAUGCCAACAAGUUGCCGCGGGGGCACAAGUAUUACAGGUUUUCGAAAGUUGGGGUGGGGAGCUCUCUUCCAUGGACUUUGACGAGUUUUCUCUACCAUAUUUAAAACAAAUCUCCGAAAAGGUUCCUAAGAGAUUACAGGGAUUGGGGAUUAAUGAGCAUAUUCCAAUUAUUGUUUUCGCCAAAAACUCAUGGUAUGCCCUAGAUAAACUUUGUAGUUUAAAUUUUGACGCAGUUUCCUUAGAUUGGUCUUGGGAUCCAAAGCAAGCUUUAGCUAUCAACAAAGGAAGAGUUACAUUACAAGGUAAUUUGGAUCCAGGCGUCAUGUACGGUUCCAAAGAAACAAUAACCAAAAAAGUUGCUUAUAUGAUCGAUAGGUUCGGAGGUGGUAAGAAGAACUAUAUCGUCAAUUUUGGACAUGGAACAAGUCCUUUCAUGGAUCCUGAACAAAUUAGAUUUUUCCUUCAAGAAUGUCAUAGAUUAGGUUCAAAAUAA